GUUACUCUAUGUUGAUUAUUUAAAUUUUUCCCGCUUGAUAAUUUGACAGCAUGGAAACAACAUUUUCAUUUUCAGUACUGGUUGGUGGCAAGCUUUUACCUGAAUACAAGGCAGACGGGGAUACAUACAUUGAAGCAAACUUACACUCUCAAUCGUCGUACAUAAUACAGGAUACGGAUGAUGAAGGCUAUCAACAGCAUUAUCCAGUCACUCCAUUUGAAGUUAUUGGAAAUUUUAAGAAUAGAUUGACCCUGCCUUGCUACCUAAGGUUAUGUGUGGAUGGUCAACAAAUAUGGAUGAAGCCAUUUCCUCCAAGUUAUAGAGAGCAGUCUUUCAAGGUCACUGGUAUUAAAGACAAUAGAAAAGGAACCGUGAAAGAGCUACUGUUCUCAUUGCCAAAGAUCACUUCACAAAAGGACAGAGGUUCUAAAAACUGGAAAUCAGAUCUUGGUACAAUAACCCUUGAAUGUUUAGAAGCCAUUGAAGAUGGGUACUUCCAGACUUAUCAGAGACAGUUCAUCCAAACAGCACCAAGAAAUCUUUCUGAUAGAGCUGUACACCAGCAAGCAACCAAGCAAGAUUGUUCAAAGAGAGGUGGCAUUGGAGUAUCAACUAGAGAAGGAAGAGGAAUUUGUACUUUUGAGAAUACAGAUAGAAUGAUUACCAUGAUAAGAUAUAAAUUGGGUCAAAGAAAUUUUGGAAAAAUAACACUCAAGUACAGAACAAGACAUGUUCUAGAGGAUUUGGGAAUAAUUGACAAAGCAUGGGUAUCAGACAAACAUAUUGUUGAAAUGUCACCAUCAGAAAAAGGAAAAGUUCCAAGUAUUAUUAAACAGGAGGGAAUUUCACUAACCUUAGAGAAAGAAAAUGUCAGGUCUUCCAAAGACAUAUCUGCUAGUGAACCUGACGAUGUUCACAUGAAUUCGCCAGUAUCUCAGAAGGCAAAUGCACAGCCCUCUAAACACUUGAUCGCUUUAACAGACAAAUUGAAUAGGCCAGUAUCAGAUACAUGUAAUGUUUUGAAACCUGCAUUGGAAUCUAACAUGGCUCAGAAGCCCAAAAGUAUUGAAGAGAACAAUUGGGAAAUGGAAAUUGACAACAUUAAAAGCAGACUCAGGUCUAGGAAUAAGGUAACCAAGACGACUGGAGAAGAUGAUGCCAAGGCAUUGAAGAAAAACAAUAUUACUAACAAAACAAUUAAACAGGAAGCAAUUAGUGCUGUUGAAGAGAACAAUCACCAAAUGGAAAUUGACAACAUUAAAAAAGUACUCAGGUCUAAGAAAAGUGUUUCUAACACUGCUGAAGAUGAGUGCACUGAAAAAAGUAAAACAAUUAAGCAGGAGGCUAUAAGUGCACAAGAAAAGUACAACGAAAGAGUUGAAAACGUCAUCUCAAAAUUGCAAGAUUUGGAUUGUGCUGAAACAGCCAAUCCAAGGAAACUAUACUGUUUCUCACCUUCUUUGGUUUCAGUGAAAAGGGAAAUGAUAGAGGAGACCGGAAAAUUAGGCUGUCACACUCCUUCAGAUAUUGGGAAAAAUCUUUUCAAUGGUAAACUCGGUCGCCAUUCACAAUCAGAUCUUGGAAGAGACCUUUUCCAAACCAAACUGGAAUGCCAUUCAGAGUCGGACAGGAUGCAGAUACUUGAGUCCCAUCAAAUCAAAAAGGAAAUGAUCGAUGAUGAAGAGAAACGGUUCCGUUACAUUGAAAUUGAUGAUGAUGUUAUAAUACUACAAGAAGUUGAUGAUGAUGUUGUUUGGAUGGGAGAUGAAAGUUGUUGUUUUAUUGACAUAGAACCAGACGAUGUACCUGUCAUUGAUCUUGUUGCUUAGAUUUAUCAUAAGUUUUACAGCUAAUUUCUAAAUGCUUGUAGAGUUAAACUUUGGUAGGCUUGCUUGCUCUGUUUGUAUAAACUUUAAUACAAUUACAAUAUACAAACAAAGAAAGCAAUCUAACCAAAGAAUUGCUUUACACGCAUUAGGAAAUUAGCUGUAAAUACCUUUUAAGUUACCUUUCAUGGUAAGGUAGCGCUGAACAAACAAAAAAACCCUUAUAUUUUGCAUAUUUGCCCAAAUUAUUGGGUUGACCGGUUCCAUUUCCCAUCUGAGUCUAAUGUGAGCUUAAACCAUAAUUAUGUUUUGAUGAGAAUAUCCUCAUAUAUAAAUAUAAGGUGUUCAAACUAUUAUCAACUUAUUCUAGAUUCAUUGACAAAUUACAAUGUAUAAGAAAUUUUAAAAUACCAUUUAUAAAAUCAGAUAAUGUAGUAUACAGUCGACUCUCGUUAUCUCGAAGUCAGCCGGACCGGAGAAAUAUUUCGAGAUACACAUAGUUCGACUCAAACGAAAACCGGAAGUUUGACUGAACAAGGGACACAACUCUUGCUUAGCAUGAUAAGGCUAAAAUAAAUCCGGGUGAAUAUGGGAAGGGGAUCGAUAUUCUGGUAUCAGAUCGAUGUAUUUGUAUGUCAUGGUCUUUCGUUAUUAUAAUAACAAUUGUUUAUUUAUUUAAUUGUUUCAGUUACAAUUGUUUCCUAUGGCUUUAAUCCAAGAGAGUAAUUUCUAAUCGAUAGUUUCGUUAUUCAGGUCGUUUAAAGUUGACAAAACUGUUUAUUCUUGGAUACAAAAGACUUUAGAAAAUUUAGAUUCCUCUUCAUUUUGUUUUAUCUCACUUUUUCUUUUAAAAAAAGAAAAUACAACAAGAUUAAAGACGCCGAUUGAGUAGUUUUUAGGUGAUCAUCAACCGAAGUCAUAAUCCUUACCCUAUACACACCCAAGCUCACAAUUAAUUGUUUUGUAAACAUUUUAAAUACUUUUUCAUGAACAUUAACAAUGUAUCACUAAUUAUUUAUAAAAAUUCUAUUAAAGAUAAUCUUAGGUAAACACUCGUGGAAAUAGCAUGUCAUAAAUCAAUACAGUGGUCAGUGACUGGAAAUUUAAUUACACGUGUAUUGUCAGAUUAACUCUUCAAUCCGUUUAAAUGCCGGAGGUCAUGUUUUGACAUAUGUGUAUUAGUUCAAGAUAAAUAAUGAAUUUUGAAUGCUUUUGUUAACCUUGGGAUCGUAAAUUUAGUUCUACUCAACCGAAAUUUCGACACAUCCAAUUUCGACUCAUCUGGAGUCGAAUAACAUACAUUUAUAUGGAACAAAGUUUGGGACCACGUGAAAACUUCGACUCAUCCGAAAUUUCGAGUCAACCGAGUUCGAGACAACGAGAGUUAACUGUACUUGAACUAGACUGAAUGAAAAUUAAAGACAAUUCAUCUUGUUGUGAGGAAAAAUUAUCUUUGUCCAUAAUUUUUUUUGCAAGACAAAUUAAAUGUUCACAUUUAAAAUGAAAAAAUUGCCAAAACAUUUGACAGAUGUGCAUUUGAGUCAUGUGAGUAUCUAUCAUGUUUAUGGACUACAUAAACUAAUCUAUUCUUACCAUUGGAUAAAGUGAUAGAAACUGUAACCAGUUAUAUAUGAUGAUCGGUUACCAAACAUAAUUCUCAAUGGUACUUUUUAAAAAAUCAUGACAGUAUUUUUUUGGUUUAUUGUGCAUACAUAGCAAGCUGUAAUAAAUCAAUUGUGGUAAUCUAGAAACAUUUAUUUCUGAUAUUUUUGAACAAAAUUAACUUGAUUUUAGAUUUAAAGAUCAAUUUCAACUGAGGUUUGUACAUGUACAUAUAUGGUAUAAAGAAAAGGGGGCAUUUAUUUUUUAUAUUUGAUGUAAAGAUAAAUUUUGACUAUUUGUGCAUUUAUGAAAUACAGCUUUGUAUUCAUUGA